CCAUCGAAAACGAUCACUAACUGUCCGUUUAUUAUUCACACAAGAACACAGCACAAGAGACGAGUCCAAGUAAGGAUACGGGAAGCGGGGAAUCCCACAGGACACACCGAGGACGAACGCGCGAAGAAGAUCCUUGAUGCGAGGCGAUGACUGCCGCCGUGUGCGUGGUGGUGACGGUGCCCACCGAAGCGGAGGAGCUGCGUCUGAACCCGAGGUCCUGCUCCUGCUGCGGCGGGAGCUUUGGGGGGAAAAGGAUCUCGGAACUGGGCGCGGAUCUCUGCGAGCGAUGCUGGCGCCUGGGCCACAUAGCGGCCAGCGACGGUGAGGUGUCCUUGGCCUCGAUCUCCCUGCAGCAGCAUCUCCCGUCCCGCCCCCACCAUCCCCUGCCCACCAGGUCGCAGAGCCGAGCUCUGGUGAUGCCCUAUCUGAAGAACAAUGCCACGCUGGAGCACGUCCUGCGGGCGAUUGUGGACGAGCUGCGGCUGGAGGAUGUCUUUUGGUCGCAGGACGUGGAGGGCAAGCAGCUGCAGGCCCGAUUCCAUAUGCGCCAGGACGAGAAGUACGAGAAGCUCCUCUGCACCCUGCAGGACUGGGGCGUGGGCGAGCGCCCCGGCAGCCAGGUCUCGGCCCUGACCUGCCUGGAGACCAGGGUCAAGUCGAGGGCGCAGGGGUUCAAGGAGACGGAGGACGGGCAGUCGCUGGCCCAGGACGAGGACCAGGAGCAGAGCCAGGGUUGGCAGAGCUUCAUGGACUCGGUGCGGUGUCGCUUGAAUGUGAAUCAGGUGGUGCGGCAGGUGAGGCGGGACGCCACGCUGACCUUUGACUUCGUGGUGCUCCUGAUGGCCGCCGCCCUGCUCUCCUGCGUCGGCCUGGUGGAGAACAGCUUCCUGUUCCUCUCCAGCUCCAUGCUGAUAUCGCCCCUCAUGGGUCCGAUUAUCGCCGCCAUUUUCGGCUCGGUCAUCGGGGAUCGGGAGCUGAGGUGUCUGGGCCUCAAGAACGAGCUCCUGGGGAUUGCCGUCUCCGUGGGCAUUGGCUUCUUCUUCGGAGGAAUCGUCUGCGGAUUCGGUCACUUCUUCGCCAUCUCCUCGGGCCUCACCGAGGAGAUCGUCUCCCGCUGCGACACCCACUCCCUCGCCAUCGGCAUCUGCACCGCCCUGGCCUCGGGGGCAGCGGGGGCCAUCGCCGUACUGGGUGGCAAUACGGGCUCCCUGGUGGGCGUGGCCAUAUCCGCCUCCCUGCUGCCGCCGGCCGUGAAUGCCGGCCUGCUGUGGGCCCUGGCCAUCGGGACGCAUCUCCUGCCACCGGAUCAUGAGCUGCUGGGGAGUCUGGCGAAGCACAGGACCUACUCCACGGACCUGUCCAUUGAGCUUUUGGUGUGUGCCGCCGUUAGCAUGGCUCUGACCCUCCUGAACAUCGUCUGCGUCUGGCUGAUGGGGGUGGUGGUGCUGAGGAUCAAGGAGGUUGCUCCCGCGGUCCAGAGGCAUCACAAGUUCUGGCGGCACGACGUCCGCACGGCUAGGGAGGUGGCCCUCCUGGAUCCCGCCCUGCAGGACGCCAUCGACCGGCUGGACGAGAGCCAGAUGGACCUGGAGGCGCCGCACUACCAGCACACCUGGUCGCCGGGCAUGGAGCACCCGCGCAGGAUCUCCCAGUCGGGAGGGACUAGUCACAGUGUGGCUCCUGGAUCGGCCAAGGAUCAGCCGAAUAACUACCACACGGUGCAUGGCUUCAAGGAGUUCUGCAUCACCCUGCACCGCCUGAAGACCGUCAAGAAGGAGCCGACCACUCCCCUCAGCAUCAUGGAUCUGUUCACCCAUGGAGCUAUUCCCGAGGCCAGCUCCGGCCCCACCACCAACACCUCCCCCCAGACCCAGACCCAGACCACCACCACCACCACAACCACCGGUGGCAGUGGCUUCAGCAGUUGCCGCAGCCUUCCCGACGCCACCAGUCUCUCCCGGCUCUGGCCCCACCGCCGGCCCAGUGAGCCCAGUCUCCCCAGCUCCAGUCCCGACCGGAGCUUCAGUCCCGGCGCCAUCACUCAGCAGGAGUCCAGCAAGGAGCGUAGCAAGAGGAACGUCCACUGGCGCAAGGAGCAGCAGCACCAGGACAGGCAUCAGCAGGAGAGGAACAGUGAUCCUCCCCGACAAGGCGACAAUAUGACGAGUCGGGAGAAUAGUCCCAGGAGGAGGACUGGCCAGGUCCUGAUACCACUGCCCACUUUGGAGGAGAGUAGUCCUUUGAGGCCACUGGCCGACCGGCCACUCAUACUCCGCACCGAGUCCGAGGAGCUCAGCCUGGACAUAGAGCCCGCGGACGAUGAGUUUCAGGUUUAAAAAAAAAAACAGAGAAGGGAAGGAGAAGGAGAAUCUGUAACCAGAAGGUGGAAGCGACCCAUCGAAGAGCAGAGCAAAUAUUCAGGACAUUCGGGAUAUUCAGGAGAUAUUGUGGGGGGAGUGGCCUGAAGGUCCUUGUCCAGCUUUGAUUACUCGACGAUCCGGCGGCCAUGUCCUUGUUUGCCAACCACUCCAAGUCCCGGCCGCCGGCCAUUGAUGGCGCCACCACACACACACCCCCACACACACACACAACAAAUUGAGAAAAAAAAAAGGAAGAAAAUAUUCAAAAAAGGUGAUUUCUACCUUGGGCAGCAGAGUAUUAUUUAAAAUAUAUACGUAUGUAGAAAAA